CCUGCCGCCUGCUACUGCCCCCUCCUCCGUGCGAGGGGACCGGGGCGACCGGGGCGGGGGCGGGGGAGGUGAUGAGCUUGGGCCGGGGGCUGCGGCGGCGGCGCGGCUGCUGCUGCUGCGGCGGGAGGCGACGGCGGGCCGUUGGAGGGUCUGUCCGGCCGGCCCGGGGCCAGGGGGAUGCAGCGCAGGACGUGUCUGGGUCUGGGUGUAGCUGAUCGGAGAAGAGAGGCAGACGCCGCCCGGAGAGGCCGAGGAGCAGCGGAGGAGAGCCACCCUGACAUGCCUUUUCCUCUCCCUCCUCUCCAGCGGCCAUGUUAACCAGAAAACCCUCGGCUAGCGCCGCCGCUGGUGCUGCCUACCCAGCCGGUUGGAGGCACUAAGCACACAAUGAAUGAGCACCUACAUGUUGGUAGCCAUGGACAGAUCCAGGUUCAGCAGCUCUUUGAAGAUAAUAGUAACAAGAGAACCGUUCUGACAACACAGCCAAAUGGACUUACAACACAAGGCAAAUCUGGAUUGCCAGUGGUUCAGGACAGACUGUCAGAGAGUGCCCACAGGCGACAAGGGAGCUCCAGCUCUUUAAAAUCUUCAGAUGGAACAGGGAAGGUGAAAGCCUCUGCUACCACACCAGAGCAAGCUAUGAAGCAAUACAUGCAAAAAUUAACAUCUUUUGAGCAUCAUGAGAUUUUUAACUACCCUGAAAUAUACUUUUUGGGUCCAAAUGCAAAGAAGCGGCAAGGUGUGAUUGGCGGUUCAAACAACUGUGGCUAUGAUGAUGACCAGGGGUCUUACAUACAAGUGCCCCAUGAUCAUAUUGCAUACAGGUAUGAAGUCCUGAAAGUUAUAGGGAAAGGAAGCUUUGGGCAGGUGGUGAAGGCCUACGAUCACAAGUUGCAUCAGCACGUGGCACUAAAAAUGGUGAGAAAUGAAAAACGUUUCCACCGCCAAGCUGCGGAAGAAAUUAAAAUCCUGGAACAUCUCCGGAAACAAGAUAAGGAUAACAACAUGAAUGUUAUUCACAUGUUGGAAAACUUCACAUUCCGCAGCCAUAUCUGCAUGACAUUUGAGUUGCUGAGCAUGAACCUUUAUGAAUUAAUAAAGAAAAAUAAGUUUCAGGGCUUUAGCCUACCUUUGGUUCGGAAGUUUGCCCACUCAAUUUUACAGUGCUUGGAUGCUUUGCACAAAAACAGAAUCAUUCACUGUGACCUUAAACCUGAGAACAUUCUGUUGAAACAACAGGGUAGAAGUGGUAUUAAAGUGAUUGAUUUUGGCUCAAGUUGUUACGAGCAUCAGCGUGUCUACACUUACAUUCAGUCACGGUUUUAUCGUGCACCUGAAGUCAUCCUUGGUGCUCGUUAUGGGAUGCCCAUAGAUAUGUGGAGCUUGGGCUGUAUUCUAGCAGAGCUGCUGACCGGUUAUCCACUUUUACCUGGAGAAGAUGAAGGAGACCAGCUGGCUUGUAUGAUUGAACUAUUGGGCAUGCCUUCUCCAAAACUCUUAGAUACAUCCAAGCGAGCAAAAAACUUUGUGAGCUCUAAGGGUUAUCCCCGCUAUUGCAGCAUCACAACCUUGUCUGAUGGCUCUGUCGUACUUAAUGGCGGACGCUCUCGGAGGGGAAAACUGCGUGGCCCACCGGAGAGCAGAGAGUGGAGUAAUGCAUUAAAGGGAUGUGAUGAUCCCCUCUUCCUUGACUUCUUAAAACAGUGUUUAGAAUGGGAUCCUGCUGUCCGUAUGACACCCAGCCAGGCUUUGCGGCAUCCCUGGCUAAGGAGACGGUUGCCAAAACCUCCGACUGGGGAAAAGGCUUCAGCAAAGAGACUUACAGAGAGUACUGGUGCUAUAACUUCAAUUUCCAAGUUACCUCCGACUUCAAGCUCAGCUUCAAAACUGAGGACUAACUUGGCACAGAUGACGGAUGCCAAUGGGAAUAUUCAGCAAAGAACAGUGUUGCCAAAACUCGUUAGCUGAGUUUGAAAAACCCAAUGCUGUUAAUAUGAGAGAUACAAUGUGGCUGAGCCUUAUUUGUAUGAAAAAUUAGCUCAGAUAUGCAUUUUUAUUUGCUCAAUAAAUCUCUUAAUUUGUAUCUUUCAGCACUCAUUUUAAAUGUAAUUUUAAAUGUUAAUUUUGUUUUUAUAAAAAUACGGGGACAAUGCUUUAAGUUUUUAUACUUAUUUUUUAAAAUGUUUGUCUUCUACAGUACAAUUAGCCUUACUGUAACUAAUGUGACACAGUAAUAAACAUCAGUGGCAGGCCACUGGUUACAACAUGACUGUCAUGCAUUGCAGCGUGGUAUCAAAGGUAUUAACCUUUCUCUUCCAUGGUUCAUAUUAGUUUUAACCUGGGGUAAAUUUGAAAGACUACCUUUUGGAUUUUAUGGGUUUAGUCUGGAUUCUGUGCACACUCAUAUCUGCGACUGACUGGACUCCAGGGAGAAUACUCAAAGAAUACAGUUAAGCACUUGUAAACUUAUAGUUUAAAGUGGAGCCAUAGCACAUUCUGUUGUCAUUUUUUAUGUGGUAGCCCAGAGAAAGUCAUAGUAUCACUAAAGAUACUGUCACCUCCUAUGGAAUACUUUCUCUAUUUAAAAGUAAUGGGCUUUGAUUAAAAUGAUCAUUUAAACAUAAUGCAAAAAAAAACAUCGGGGCUAAAAGGACUCUCUUACCUUGCAUGCCAUGUGGCAGAGUGAGAGGAAUGGGUAGUCUUGGAAAGCACGAAAACGGUAAUAUGUCUGUUUCUCUGAAUAUGAAAGUGAUUGAUUAGUUGGUAAAACAAAUGUUCUGUUUGUUUCAGAUCUAUAUCAUUGAGCAUUCACACAGGUACUCUUUUUUUCAUUUUUUGUUUUUUUUCCCCCCGUCUCUUCUGUUUUUUCUAAUGUGCAGCUUGAUCUCCCAAAAUCACAUAGGCAGAAGUGCUCAUUCUGUCAGUUUUAUGCUGUAACUUCCAGACUGUUAAUCUACAUGGAUUUCAAUGUUUGAGCGACUGUGUCUUCUGUGGUACAUUUACACUUCAAAUCAAAUCUGCAUGUAGGGACAAACAUGAUAUAACUACAUUGCUUCCUGUAGAGGAGUACUUCACCUUAGACAGCUUAACUGUAGAAGGAAAGAUCCUCAGUGGAAAGCUUUUCAGUUGGAAGACACCAUCCUAGAUAGUUUGUCAAUAGGGAAAAUUAUCAAAGGAAAGCUAAGCGCUUGGAAUUUCAUUUAAUCUUUGGCAUUUGUUGAUGGAAAUUGACUUUGAAAGAGCAGUUAGAGAUAUGUGUAGAUUUGUUCACGUGUGCGUGUGCUAAUGCUUGGUUUUUCUUUUUUACUUCUAACUGCAUUCAUGGAAGAAAGAUGGUCUACUAAAGAAUAGGAUCUAGACCUAUGAGAAAGGUAUUCACAUGUUGUAGCAUGUUUUCAACAGGAACAUUUUGUAAUCUGAGAUCCGUAUUUUAAUGCGUACAAUGGCUGUGGUCUACAUUGGAUGUAUAAAACAUAUGAAAAGGGAAUUUUAAACGAAGUAGAACAGUCCAGAAGGGUUUAUGGAUGUUAGAACGAGACAUACUAGAAUGGAUUACAUUAAACCUCAGUAACUUAUAAACGACAUUUAUAUGCACAGAUUUUACUGAGUUACUUGUACAAAUUAUGAAAAUUACUUAAAGCAUGGUCCCCGAGAGGCCAAGAAAGUUUCCGGUUAAGUUCUCCUUCAUAUUCGUUAAUUUACCACUUACAGCUUAAUUUUUGUUUGUUGGGGUUUUUUUAUUUUUAAUUUAAUGUAAGACUGGGGGAGGGAUAUAAGGAAAAAAAUGACAGAAUUCUCAGGAAACAUACCGCUGAACUUCUUGCCAAAAAGUCAACACUAAAGAAGCUCCAAAAUAAUUUCUGAGUAGAGGAUGUUAUUUGUUGAUUGAUAAAUGUCAAAAUUAAACUGUCAAUCAACCAUUUUUCUUACUUAAAAAAAAUAAUUUCCUGCCUCUAGUCAAAUUAAAUUAUUUAGUGUUAUCUGUUCACAACUUUAUACAAUAUGUGUAAGUGCAAUAUGUAAACAUGUAUGAAAUAAUGUUAAAAAUGAAAUAUAAUACUUCUAAGAAAAGUGGAGUUUAGAAUAUUAAUAUCCAGUAAAUUAUGGUCAAUAAAUUCUAAGUCUGGAAAAGAGAUAUAUUAAUUUUAAUGUAAAAUUAACUAACAUUCAUGGCUGUGGGAAUACAAUACUCUGUAUUUUUCUACAGUAGCAGGGAAUCUUUACUUCCUCCACCACCUACUUGGCUUUACCGCUACUUUCUACCUUAACUCUUCCUGCAGAAGUUGGGAAAUAGGGAUGCUGAUGUUAAGGGCAAAAGAAGAAUCAUCUCCCUUGAUAUUUUUUAAAGCAGACAUUGAUACAUGUUCCUGCCUUUUGUGGUAACAUAAGGUGAAAACAUUCAUCAUGUUCAUGGGUCAUUAAUGGGCUACAACCACUAAAUUUUCUUUUUCAUGUAACCAGUUCUUAAUGCCAAUAAUGCAUUUAUGAUCCACCUUCUUCAUAAAUGCUACCGGAAACUUAAAGGCCAAAAUAUAGUGUGAAGAGCUAUUUUUUUAACCCAGAUACAGUGGAACUUCCUCUAUACUAAAGGAGCAGCUACAUCAAGGUUUUUAAGUGGUGUCGCUGCAUUUUAUUGUAGCUUAUUUAUACCUGUAAAAAAAAAAGGGGUGGGGGGGAGGGGGGAAGGACAUUGCCUCUUGCUUUGAUGUGAUUUUAUUCUAAGGGCUCUGAUAAUUAGGCUGAUAGAAGUUGGCUUGGAAACAGUGCUUAGUCUCACAUGUUACCAUUGUCUGGGGACGUCUGAGCUAUUUUCAGAUUUAGUAACAGCACAGUGUUGUCUUUGGUUGCAGUCUCACUUGGCUCAGUUUCUUGCACCACUGGUGUGUUCAUUACCACUUAAGUGUUAGAACAAGAGAGUGAUGCAAGAUGUGUAGAUUAAGGAUAGAGGAUGGAUUGUGCCCUUGGUGUUAACAAUGUGCCUUUUGUUACAAAUGCAUCUUGGCCUCUUUAACCCUUGGAAUACUGCUUGGUAGGGAUGAAAUCUAUUUUUAAGUGCUAUAUCUGUCUUAAAACAUCCUGUUGAUGAUUGAGGCCUUAAUAGAAACAAUAAGGCAAUCACACUGCUUGGGUGGAGAGGACACUGUUCUUGUAGUACCGUAUCAUUAAGGGGUUAAAGAUGGCCCUUCCUCAUUGGUUGUACUUUAACAUCAAAUUGAUUUUUUUUUU